AUGACGAAUGCCCCAACUGUAGUCGAAAGCUUUGUACCAGCCGCCACCACAGUCGUCGCACCAACCGAUGUAUUGUCGCGCUACACUCGCUGCAAGGUUCUCCGUGUGACACCGUACGGAGAGACUGCAUUAUAUCAAGACAGCAAAUACAAAAAACUUGUUGUGUUGAAGCGCCUCAGUAUUGCAUUAUUGCAGAGAGAUGACAAGGGCUCACUUGAAAUUGUCAAGGAAAACCCGCUAAAUGAACGUGCAGUGAUCCAAUUACUUGAUGAUCCGCUCACUGCUCACGCUCCAGGACGCGAAUACGUUGUCGAGUAUAAACGAGAAGGAUUCUUCACAAUUGGAGACAAUAUAUUCAUUGCCAUGGACUUUUGUGCAGGCGGAGACCUCUAUGAUUACAUAACCGCAAAGUCUAGCCGACGACUUCCUGAAGCUGAAGCAUUAUGGUUGUUUGCUCAAAUUGCCAGUGGAUUGAACUUUCUCCAUGCAAUUGGAGUCGCGCACCGCGAUUUAUCGCUUGAAAAUGUACUGCUGAAGGAUGGCAAUGUAAGAAUCUGUGACUUUGGCCUCAGUGCCGACGCCAACCUCUUUUCCACUGAUGUGGUGGGCAAGUUCUACUACAUGGCACCAGAAGUGACACAAGGGGUUGUGUAUGAUCCCAAAUGUGCCGAUAUCUGGUCUCUCGGUAUACUUCUAUUCAUAAUGCUGACCGGCUCACCUUUGUUUGCUGAUGAAGACGCCCGUGCCCCAACUUUUCGCGUGUUAAACAAGUAUGGCGUUUGCAAAAUAUUAGAGCUAUGGGGUCUCAAGGAGUAUUUCUCCAACUCGACCAUAACUUUAUUAGCAAGCAUGCUGCAAGUGCAACCGUCACGCCGUCUCACCGCGAAGGAAUUGGCUCACUGCACUUUGUUGCGUGGCCUCAGCACCUGCGCAAGGUUGUCCAGUGUGGCUUCGACUGCCUAG